AUGGAUACGACGGAUCUUCAAACAAGCGAAGUCCCCAUUUCUACACGAGAAGUUUAUGAAAGUGGGGAUGGCAGUUCCAGCAAUGUUGAUAUCGACGGAGGUAAUAACACAGAGAAUGAAGAUAGUAACGAAGAAGAGGAGGAACAAGUUCCAAAUUUGUAUGAUUCAGACAGCAUCUCCGAAGGUGAAGGUGAAAGUGUAACAAAACAAAAUGUUAAAAAUUCAAAGUUGUUAAAUAAUUAUUACACUUGUUCAUCGUUAAAUUGGAAAAUGCAGUAUCCAAUCACAAAUAAAGCGUAUGCCGACUUGAGUAAUCUACAGCGAAACACUUUGAAACGAAAGGUUAGGAAAUUUCACACUGUACGUAAACUAAAAUAUUAUUUACAAGCAAAUAUUCCUCUCCAACAAACUCGAUACGGCGCAUUUAUGCAUGUUCUCCAUGCUGUACAGUUAUUAUUGCUGAAUAAUCCCGACACUAUGAACUCUAUUCAGUCAUCUACCAAAGCGUUACGGUUUCGUCUAGCCCAAGAUGGGACCUGGAUUGGAAAGUAUUUGAAUUGUAUCGUAUCCACAUUAAGUUGGCUUGAUUUAGGAAGAGAAAGUCAAAAACCAAGCGCAAUGGUUCCACUAGCUAUAUUUAGAAUUUCAAAAGAAAAUCGAACUACGUUGGAAAAGUGUAUUCCGCCCGAUUUCGUGGAAAUGUUUGCACCGAAUCAGACAAUACAGUUAGCUAACACAACGUACAAAAUUGAGUUUUUUUAA